UACUGUGUGUGGUGAACUAUGUGCCUGUCUGGACACGCCCCCUGCUGACUGCUCCUGUGGCUCCUCCCACAGGCCCCUGUAUAAAGGAGACUGAGGCCUGAUGCUCGGCCUCAGUCUCCAGGACAUAGUAUGAUGGACACUCACUCCUGGUUCCUUCUUCCAGUCAAUAAAAGCCGAUAUCUCGCCUUACGUCUCAGUGUGAGUUACUGAUGGUGCAUCAAUUUUAUUGACUGGAAGUUUUAAAACAUGGAAACCGUUUUGCGUCCGGACCGGUUGGAUUUGGACCCUCAAGACCCUGACGCUGCUCUCGCUUUUGAACACUGGCUUGCAUGCUUCCAAUCGUACUUGGAGGUGGUUCGUGCAACUGAACCCGCCGUUAUGCACAGAAUUCUACUCUCGAGGGUCACCCCCAAAGUUUACUCCAUUAUCCGGGACCUGCCGACCUACGAUGGGGCACUGGACGCCCUCAAAAGACAGUACCUGCGGCCGGUGAACACCGUCUACGCAAGACAUCGUUUAGCUACCCGGCAACAGCGGCCUGGCGAAUCGUGCGCUGAGUUUCUCCGAGCACUACAGACACUCGUCCGAGCUUGCGACUGCAAGACGCUCACGGCAGAACAGCAUGCGGAGCUGCUGGUGCGAGACGCUUUUGUGACGGGACUGAGGUCAGUGUACAUGCGCCAGCGACUGCUGGAAAAUGCCGACCUUACCUUACGCUCGGCGAUGGAGAAGGCCAACGCUCUGGAAGCUGCUUUGCAUAAUGCUGACGCUGUCCAGUCGCGCGAUUCCCCGCCGGUUCCGUGGACACCUCAGACCCCGCCACCGCCGGCUCCCGGGAGCGAAUUCGCCGCUGCCAGUCGCGAUUCCACGAGCUCCCCGAACCCAACCACAACGGCAGCCCGUCAGAUGCCUGUGCUUUGUUCUUUCUGCGGCCAUAAAAAACACCCUCGACAACGCUGUCCAGCGCGAGAAGCGACCUUCCUUGCUAUACUUGGGAAGUCUGUCACUGGGACCACCCUACCAGUUUGGCUGACGUCCCCGGGGCCAGUGCUGCUCCGGAAACAUGUGAGGAGCAAUAAAUACUCCCCGCUGGUGGAGAGGGUUCACCUUCUACAUGCGAACCCCCAGUAUGCUUACGUGGUCUUACCUAAUGGGCGGGAGGACACGGUCUCCAUCCGUGACCUGGCACCUGCAGGUGCAGCAGACCACUACCCUGAAGGCUCUCCGGUAACUAUGAACCCUGCACCAGAGGUGACACCGUGCUCACCAGGCCCUACACAGACUCCUCACGACACUUGUAUACCGGGCGUUUCGUACGCAUUUAUACCAGGCGCCUCGCACAUGUGUGAGGGAUCACCGGCGCCUAGUGGGCAGGAACAAGCGCAACCUCCGUCCCCUGUGCAAUCACCAAUGUUGCCGGCAUCCAUGCGAUCACAGCCGGUGCUACGUAGAUCACAGCAACAGAUUCGACCACCUGAUAGACUUGACUUGUAAGAAACUUCGCCACAUGGGGACUCUUUCAAACAAAGGGGGGGUGAAUGUGGUGAACUAUGUGCCUGUCUGGACACGCCCCCUGCUGACUGCUCCUGUGGCUCCUCCCACAGGCCCCUGUAUAAAGGCGAUCUGAGGCCUGACGCUUGGCCUCAGUCUCCAGGACAUAGUAUGAUGGACACUCACUCCUGGUUCCUUCUUCCAGUCAAUAAAAGCCGAUAUCUCGCCUUACGUCUCAGUGUGAGUUAUUGAUGGUGCAUCACUGUGUAAAAUGUAUUGUCUUCAGCUGGUGGGACACUCCCUCAAUGUACAGUGUAAAAUGUAUUGUCUUCAGCUGGUGGGACACUCCCUCAGCAUACUGUGUAAAAUGUAUUGUCUUCAGCUGGUGGGACACUCCUCAGUGCACUUUGUAAAAUGUAUUGUCGUCAGCUGGUGGGACACUCCCUCAAUGUACUGUGUAAAAUGUAUUGUCUUCAGCAAGUGGGACACUCCCUCAAUGUACUGUGUAAAAUGUAUUGUCUUCAGCUGGUGGGACACUCCCUCAGCAUACUGUGUAAAAUGUAUUGUCUUCAGCUGGUGGGACACUCCCUCAGUGUACUGUGUAAAAUGUAUUGUCUUCAGCUGUUCACGCAGCCCAAUGUUCUGUGUAAAAUCCAAUGUAUGUAGCUGGUGGGACAAUCCCUCAUUGUAUUGUGUAAAUGCAUUGUCUUCAGCAAGUGGAACAUUACCACAAUGAACUACCGGUAUGUAAAAUGAAUUGCUUUCAGCUUGUGGGACAUUACCUCAAUGCACCUGCAUGAACAUUAUGCAAGACAAUCUUUUCAAUGUAACUCAGUGUGUCUGACAAUAAUAAACUGAUUGUAAUUCUAGUUCCUUUUCAUUAGGCUACGAGGCAAGUGUACUCAUCCACUAAUCUAGAGGCCUUGGACUAAAACUCUGGGCUGGCUUGCAAAUUACAGUUUAGCCUCUUUAUUCAAAACAAGAAAACGUUCCAAAGUUGACAAAGAUUCUGCCGCUGUCUUCAGCUGGUGG